AUGAAGCCGAUAUUGGAAAAGGCAGCUCGCAUUUUUGCAGAGCACGGCUUGGAUCCGGGGGCUCACGGAGCAAACCAGCAAAUCCACACGUUCCUUAAUGCCAGGAUAGACGAACUGAACCAAAAGGAAUGGGUGAUCCGGAUUGAUGACCGCUACUUCAAGGUCAGAGAACAGCUCACCCGGGUCAUUCGAAAUGUUGUCGCAAUGAAAGAUCUGGUCACCACUGCCGCAUCUUCGAGUCCUCCAGCAGCUUUGGCCUGUGCUGGUGUCACUGUUUGUCUCUUGCUCUUCAUCCAAGCAGCCGACCAAAAGGACAGCCUGCUGCAAGGUUUAGAAGCGACCUCAGGCUUAAUUGCCCGGCUUGAUGCCAUGGAGGGUCUAUACCUGAAGUCAGAGACCAAUGUUCCUGCUGAUUUCAUGGUCAAAUUCAAAGCAGGGCUGAUCUCUCUGUACUGCAAAACUCUCGAAUUCCAGGCUCGGGCUCUAUACUUCCUACGGAAAAGUUCCUUUGUUCAAGCUUCCAGAAAUGCACUCAAAUUGGAUCAGUGGGAUGCUUUGAAAGCAAGCAUCAUGAGCCAGGAUGUCGAGGCUCAAAACUUCAUGAAGCUGAUCGACGCGGCGAAUAGGAGAUCAGAUUGCGAAAAGAUCUCACUGGAGUUUGACAGAGCGCUCAAAAGACAUCAAGUCUCGCAGACCACAUCCCAACGAUUUGAAAAGGUCAAAAUCUUGCUCAAGACACUCAACCUAUGUCCGUACAGAGACAGAAAAGAUAGAGUUGACGAUCGUGUUCUUGAGACCUGUGAAUGGUUCACCGGCCACUCCCUUUUCCGGAAAUGGGACCAGAAUGAUGGUUCAAGACUCCUGUGGGUCUCUGCAGAUCCAGGUUGCGGGAAGUCGGUCUUGUCCAAGUACCUGGUGGACGAGGUCCUUCCAAGCGCCAGGAAACGAACAAUAUGCUACUUCUUCUUUCGAGACGACUAUCCGGACCAGAGGACCUCCGCAAUUGCACUUGCCAGUCUCAUUCGCCAAAUAUUGAUGGCUCAGCCGUCUCUCAUAACCGAUUCCGUGCUAGACAAGAUGGAUCAAGAAGGCGAAAGGCUGGCUGAGUCUUUCCGCAGUCUGUGGGACUUGUUCAUGGACCUCGUUGCCAGAAAUAAUGUUGGUGAAAUUGUCUGCGUACUGGAUGCAUUGGACGAGUGCCGAAAGGAUGACAGGAAUGAGCUCAUUGGCUGCGUCCGUGACUACUACUUGGAUGGCAGCAAUGACCACAAGCUGAAGUUUCUGUUGACAAGCAGACCUUACGGUGAAAUCCGUGCUGAGUUUCAAGAGCUUGAAGAUCAAAUGCCUUCGAUUCAUUUGAACGGAGAAGGCAAGUCUGAGAUCGAAAAAAUAUCUGGUGAGAUCAAUCUGGUAAUCAGGAAGAGAGUUGCCGAUAUGUCCCGCAAAAAGAGGUUGGAGCAUCACGAGCAAGAAUUUUUGCAAGAGAAUCUUACCGCAUCACGAAAUCGAACAUAUCUCUGGGUCACUCUUACUCUCAGUUACAUCAGUGGCCUAGAUGGUUUCACGAAGGGAAACGUUUGCCAAGCAAUGCAUGAUCUCCCCGACUCAGUCGACACUGCCUAUGAGAAGAUAUUGGGAAAGAGCAAGGAUCAUCAUAGAGCGAGCCACCUGCUGCACCUCAUCCUGGCUGCAAAAAGACCUUUCUCGGUGGAAGAGCUCGCUCUAGCCAUGGCGUUCAGAAGGUGUCCAUCUCAUGACCAGAUAACGGAAGAGACAGAGCCUACUGAGCGAUUCCGAGCUACUCUCCGAGAUCUUUGUGGACUGAUGACGGUGCAUGUUGACGACAAGGUAUACCUUCUUCAUCAAACCGUUAAGGAGUUUCUGGUCCAGAGCACGGAGAAAUCGCCUAGCCUCCCAUCACCUAUUAGCUGGAAUCACAAAUUUUCGGUUGUGCAGUCAAAUAGACUUCUCGCAGAGACAUGCCUGCGGUAUAUUGACGCUUAUGCAUCUAAGGCUUGUUCAGAAAUACUCUGUGGAUACUCGCUCUUACAUUGGACUGAACACUUCCGGGAGGCUGAUGUCGAGUUUCCAAGUGACAUAGCAACUCUUGGUUAUCGUCUCUGCACUCCAGACUCUGAGUCAUUCAAGACUUGGGUAGUGCUCACAGAAGGCGCUUCCCAUCUGGAAAGUGGAUUCUUUCCAACAGAUACCCCCUUUCUUAUUGCAUCUUACUUCGGACUUGAUGCAAUAUUACGACAGGCUCUUGCUCAUAGAAUCAAUGAUGUGAACACCUGUGACUCUGCCUUUACUAGAAUGGGCCCGCUAUCAUGGGCUAUUUUUCAGGGGCAUGAGUCGGUAGUGAGGAUGCUUCUUGAUACCGGAAAGGUUGAUCUUAUGUCCAGAGAUGGUUGUGGGAGCCCCCCAUUGGCUCACGCUGCUGACAAAGGGGACAAGUCGGUGGUGGAGUUGCUUCUUGGGACUGGAAUGGUUGAUAUUAAUUCACGAGAUGAUUUUGGGGAGACCCCGCUGUCUGCCGCUGCUUUGAAGGGGCACGAUUCGGUGGUGAAAAUGUUUCUUGAUACAGGAAAGGUUGAUAUCGAUUCCAGAGAUAAUGAAGGACGGACCCCACUUGCAAGCGCUGUUUACUGGGGGUAUGAAUCGGUGGUCAAAAUGCUUCUUGCCACUGGAAAGGUUGAUCUUGAGUCCCGAGACAAUGAUGGACAGACCCAGAUGGCACUCGCUGCUAAAGGUGGGAAUGAUUCGGUGAUGAAAUUACUUCUUACCACUGGAGAGGUUGAUAUUAAGUCCCGAGACAAUGAUGGACAUACCCCGAUAGCACUCGUUGCUAAAGGUGGGAAUAAUUCAGUAGUAAAAGUACUUCUUACUACUGAAGAGGUUAAUAUUAAGUCCCGAGACAAUAAUAGAUAUACUCUGGUGGUACUUACUGCUAAAGGUGGGAAUAAUUCAGUGGUGAAAUUACUUUUUGCUACUGGAGAGGUUGAUAUUGAGUCCUGA